GCAAAUAUGGACUGUGAUAUUAAUCUUAAACUUUUUCAUGCUAUAAAGUUUUUCUUUAUUGUAUAGAAGAUAAUUGGCCAAAUAAUAAUAAUGUUUAGGAAUUUUCGAGUUAUAUUAUAAAGCAUGCCUUCAGAAGUGUUAUGACCUAAAUGACGACGUCAACUUUUUUUGUGUGCGAGCGUGCAUUCCUCUGCAGUUUUCCCUAGCAUCUGCACAGUGUUGUUUCGCCUUGAGAAAAACCUGACCUUAACUGCUGGUGGGUGGGUGUAUUUCAUGCAACUGGCAUCAUGCCUAGCACUUUUUUGUGCACCAACACUGCCCCUUUGAGCCACAGAACAGACACGCAUCUCAUCCCAAUCAAGAGUGGGACACAGCUGUCCCCACACAAAUCAUAAGACCAACGACAGGUUGGUCAGUUUGGGGAAAAACAUACAGUGUGUUAUCACUGCUGUAUUUUAAAUCCAGUCUGGCACAAAUAUGUGAUUAAAAUCUGUUUGGGUUUAGUUUAAGUAACUAGUUUGUUAUUUUCAUGGCAAAUAUAAAUAAAUGGACAUUCUAGUAUAUACUUAGACUAAGUAUAUACUAGAAUGUCCAUUUGUUUAUAUUAUACUAAGUAACUUAGUUAUGCUAUUUUUUAGGGAUGCACCGAUAGGAUUUUUUUUGGGCCGAUACCGAUUUAAACAGACAACUUCUGGCCGAUACCGAUAUUAAACACUUGUAUACAAUACUAUACAGUUGGUCUAUUAGCUAGUUUAUUUCUGCAUCAAAUAAUUUUUACUGAACAUGGAUUGGAUCUAAUUAACAUUCAACUGACCAACAUAAUAAGAGAGGCACAAAUUAAGCUAAAACAAAUAUAAUAAGAGAGCAUGACAACUUUCAAAAAUGGUUUUUGCAAUUCAGCAUUUAUUUUAUUAACAACAUUAACAAAUUUUUUACAUAUAAUGGAUUUCUUUAUGCAGUUAAUUAAUAAACAAUCGGUAUCGGCCUUUUCUCGUGCUAUUGCCGAUAUGCCGAUGGUUCAAUUCAUCAAAAAUCGGCCGAUACAUCGGUGCAUCACUACUAUUUUUGUAGUAUUAAAGGGGACAUUUCACAAGACUUUUUUUAAGAUGUAAAAUAAAUCUUUGGUGUCCCUAGAGUACACAUGUGAAGUUUUAGCUCAAAGUACCCUAUAGAUAAUUUCUUAUAGCUUGUUAAAAUUACCACUUUGUAGGUAUGUGCAAAAAUGUGCCGUUUUUGGGUGUGUUUAUAAUGCCAAUGAGUUGAUCUCUGUACUUAAUGGCAGUGCCGUGGUUGUACAGUGCGUAUUAAGGGGCGGUAAUAUCCCCUUCUGGCAUCACCAGGGGAGCCAAAUUUCAAUUACCUAAUUUUUCACAUGCUUGCAGAGACUUGUUUACCAAAACUAGUCUACUUGGUUGAUCUUUAUCACAUUUUCUAAGUUCAUAGAAGCACUGGGAACCAAAUUAUAGCUCUUAAACAUUAAAAAAGUCAGAUUUUCAUGAUAUGUCCCCUUUAACAAUUUUUGUUUGUUAGAAACAGCAUUUGUGGUGUAAUGUUACUGUGAUUUUGAUGUUACCAUAUGGCAUUUAAAAUGGGAGUGUAUGGGGCUUUAAAAAAAUACUUGCAUGAAAUUAUAGCCAGAUAAGGUUAGAAAGUGAAUUUGUCUCUCUCUAAGUAUGUUAAUACAUAUUUACUUAUUGUGGCUAUAUUUUUGUGCCUUAUAUUUUGUUUAGGGUUACUUUUUAAUAAAGUUCCACAAGUAGAAAAAUAAAGUCCCAGACUAAAAACAUGUUUGAGCUGCUUUAAUUAAAAAACACCUUGUCCUGAUGCAUCUUAACAUAUAUCAAUACUAUUUUUUGUCUUAAGAUGCACACCAAUAUUUUUUAUGUAAGGUUUGUUUGUAAAAACUAAGUAAAUGUCCUUUUAUAACUAAGGCCUAUUCCUGGAUUAAUCUAAAUCCUGUCUGAGAAACUGCCUCUAUGGGGCGGUUUCCUGGGAUUAGUUUAAACCAGGACUAGGCUUUAGUUUAAUUAGGAAAUAUAACUAAAAACAUUACUUGUGUGCAUUUUGAGGCAAAACAAAGGGCACUGCUGUAUUUUAAGAUAUGUCAGUGCAAGUUGUUUUCAGUUUGGACAGCUCUUACAUUUAUUUUAGUCUAGGACUAGUCUAAUCCCUGUCUGGGAAACCACCCCUAUAAGAUGUGACUAAAAAAAAACAUAUAUCUAGCAUUUUUAUUGUAAUCGCUCUAAAAGAUUUGUAAAAAUGUACAAAAUGUACUUCUAAUCAACCAACUUUUCAUCAACCUGCUCGUUGAAGUAAUAACCUUGGAUGCUUUUUAAACCAUAUUGAAGUAGAUCACAUAUUAUUGGCUUUUUCUUUAAUAUUUGGUUCAGGUGUUACGUAUUUAGUUUUUUUUUUAAAUAAAUGAAUAUGUUGCCAUACUUAAAUUUUUGUACGGCAGUGUAUAUUUUAAACAUUUUUGGGCUUGCCCUAUUCACUUAAAGGGGUCAUAGCGUGAAAAUUAGAUUUUUUCCAUGUUUAAGUGCUAUAAUUGGGUCCCCAGUGCUUCUAUCAACCUAGAAAACAUGAAAAAUAUCAACCUAGUAAUUUUAUUUAGGUAACCCAUUUUCUGCAAGCAUGUGAAAAUUAGGUCGUUCAGAUUUUGCCUGUUUUGUGAGGUAGGUAGCAAGGCGAAUUACAAUAAUACCGCCCCCUUAAGCUGCACUAUCCAACCACAUCACUGCCAUUUAGUUCAAAGAAAAAGAGAGAAAGAAGAAAUACUUGACAGCACAAUUGAGUUUCAAUUACAACAAACAACUUUCAUUGUGACCAGUGUUUGCAUUUCAUCAGCUCAUUUGCAUUUUAAAUGACACACCCAAAAACGGCACACUUUUGAUCAGGCCUACAAAGUGGCAAUUUUAACAUGCUGUAAUUAAUCUGUGGAGUAUUUUGAGCUAAAACUUCACUUACGCACUCUGGGGACACCAAAGAUUUAUUUUACACCUUAAAAAAAUCUCGUAAUAUGACCCCUUUAAGCAUGGAGUUUAGCUGUUCAGACUAUGCCCAACAGAUGGCAACAGAUCUCCAAGCCAUAGCAGUGCUGUUCGAGCACAGGUUUAAACCAUCAGCUGUAUAUGAUAUACUGUAUAUCACAGUAUUAACUCUCAACAUCAGCUCUCAAUGCUGGACACUUUAGAGUCAUUAGGCAUCAAGUGCUAUUCAAAUGAAUGAAAAUGCAGUUGGCAUCAAGCUCAGCAGCAUUUUAUGCUAAUGACAGUCGGGUUUGAAGGACCCUCUGUUCUGGCCGGGGUCACUGUACUUUGGAAAAUAGGGAUGGAGUAGGGGGGCAGGAUCCGGCCAAUAAAAUUGUCUGAUUAUAUUUUCAGCAUAAAGCAGUGGCUUUGUGUGAUAGCCUUUGCAACCAUGCCUUACAUACACACAGUGGAAACGUAUGACAUUUUUCCUAUAAGGGAUCCUGAUAAAAAUUCUUAGGGAAAACUGUGCAAUUUCCUUAGAUAGAUUCUAGAGAUGAAGAUGAUAAGCAAACACUUUGGCAUAAUCUCAAAAUGGCCAGAUAUCACUUGUGGAAACUCCUAUAGAAUUGUAAAGGUUAUCACAGGAUUUAACCUGAAAUCUGCAAAUAUCGUCACAGGGAAAUAACGAUAUUCACGAUAUUUUCCCAUUAAUAUAUUGCCAAAAUAUAAUUUGACGUGCAGAGUUUAUUUCUUUAGCAGUUUAGUGUUAUAAAGAGUUUACAUGUAGUGUGUGUGGUCCCGCAAUGAUAAACAUCUUACUGUAAACACAAAUAUAAAUCCUAAAAACUAACAAUCCACGCGUGUUUGGGUAGCAUAAGGGCCCCACAAACAUUGUUUAGUGGCCAAAGCUCUGAAUAGCCCAGGUUUGGUUGUUUGCCUUCACCCAACGACCUUUGAUGAUGCGACAGUAACCCAUCUGUAUUGAAUGUGUCUCUGACUGCGUCUUUUGUCCUGUUUGAUUUUUUAAUUGGCGCCGCGGCUCUUUGAUCACGCGGAUGAAGUGAAGCUUGAGACGCAAUAUUCCUGAAUUGCCAUUGGAGUCCACGGGAAAAAAACUAACUGUGCGUUACAGGAUACGGUCUGUUGAACCAAUCGAUUAAAAGUUCUUGUUUAAACAGUUAAUACACUGUAUAAUGAACGGUAUCUGUUUCUCUUAAACUUGCUUUCUGGCUGAAUCCCAAAAUACUGAUACCGCAAAUCCAUCUAUCCAUGAACUAAUCCAAGAGAAAUACGCACAAGGUAGCGGAUAUUCCCAUUCAGAGGACACGCCCUCUGACAACUUUAACUGUAGCCUAUUUCCCACGGUGAUGCUUAGUUAGAGAGAGCACAUAUCAUCGCGUAUCAUGGCUGUUUUCUGCGCAAUUUUACUUCACUUUCAUCAGAGGUUAUAAAGUGUCGCUUCGCCGAAGUACUCGGAAGAGUCCAGUCGUGCGCGCGCGCGGAGGUUACGCGGGGAUAAAGAAACGCGCUUUCAGUGGGUGGGAAAGUAAAUGGGAUGAAAGCUCAGGUCAGUGAGGCAGCAGGUCGGACAUUCAAAGCUUCUUAAGUGUAGCAGGUGGAAGAAGGAAGAUCUAGAGGAGGAGGAGGAGGAGGCGAACCCACCCUGGACUCCGCACGGAGCCUGGAAAGCACCGGUGUGCGAGACAGAUAGGUGGUCGUAUCAUCUACCUGUGCACCGCUUACCAAAUUUAUUUUGCACAUUUUCACGCAGUUCUCCUGAAGGAUGGAAGGAUUAACAGUUUAAAUAAGCGGCAGUAAGUAGGAGAGGCUGUUCCUUACGCGCAGAAGUCAGCAAAUGUCUGCUAUGAGAAUGGAUAGGGACCGAAAGAGUUGGCACUCUUGGGAUAACAAAUCGAGUAUGGACAGAAGGAGUGAUGGUAGGAUGAUAAAGGAUGUAGAGCGCGGACAGCAAUGGACCGUGAUUUUUCUGGUGUCACUCGCUCUGCAGCCGCAGGUGACGUGUGCAGUGGGCACUUUUGAGGUGCAGAUCCGGCAAUGGCUGAACCCUCAUGGCUUUCUACAGAGUGGUCAGUGCUGUGACCCCCAGGCCAGCGGGGGGCAGCGCUGUUCAUCAGGUGAUCAGUGUGACACCUUUUUCAAAGCUUGUCUGAAGGAGUACCAGGCUCGGGUUUCACCUACUGGGACUUGUAACUACGGUACCAGCAGCACAGCUGUACUGGGUGGCAACUCCCAAACCUUACAUCACCAUGGUAAUGAGGGAACCGACAGCAGAAAUGGGCGAAUUCUCAUCCCGUUUAAAUACGCAUGGCCAAAAUCGUUUUCGCUUGUGAUUGAGGCACUGGACCAUGACAAUGAAACAUCACAGACAGGUCGUGAAGAAUUAAUAGAACGAGUGUUGAUUUCCUCCAUGCUGAACCCAGGGGAAAAGUGGCAGUCAUUCCACCAUCACGGCCAGACGUUCACUCUUGAAUACCGUCUGCGGUUCCGAUGCGAUACUAAUUACUACGGGCCGUUCUGCAACAAGCUCUGCCGUGCACGCGAUGACUUUUUCGGCCAUUUCGACUGCGAUCCUUCCGGUAGCAAAGUGUGUAAGGAGGGCUGGAAUGGACCGGAGUGCACCCAUGCGGUGUGCAAGCAGGGAUGUCAUCUGGAUCACGGCACUUGUGAUCUGCCUGGAGAUUGCAAGUGUAAUUAUGGCUGGAAAGGGGAACUGUGUGAUGAGUGCGAGACAUUUCCCGGAUGUGAUCAUGGCACUUGCACUGAACCCUGGAAGUGUGUUUGUGACACAAAUUGGGGCGGCCUGCUCUGCGACAAAGAUCUAAAUUAUUGUGGUAAUCAUCAACCGUGUAAGAAUGGUGGUACUUGUACGAACACCGAACCCAACGAGUACUUGUGUGUGUGUCAGGAAGGUUUCCAUGGCCGCAAAUGUGACAUUGUGGAGCAUGCAUGUCUCUCUUCUCCAUGUGAGAAUGGUGGAACAUGUAUUGAAGACCCAACAGGAUUCAGCUGUGUGUGCAUGCAGGGUUGGACAGGACCCACCUGUGCCGCUGCAGUGUUGCAUUGUGACUCCAGUCCUUGUGGGCGUGGGGCUACGUGUCAAGAGACGCCUCAGGGUUUCCAGUGUCUGUGUCCUCCGUUCUGGACCGGAAGAACCUGCCAGCUGGACACUAAUGAAUGUGAGACUGGUGUGUGUGUCAAUGCCCGCUCUUGCCGUAAUCUGAUUGGGGGAUAUUUGUGUGACUGCCUUUCUGGUUGGUCGGGGCCAAAUUGUGACAUCCGGAACAGUAGCUGCCAGGGUUUGUGUCUGAAUGGAGGACGCUGUGAGGGCUCUCAGUGCGUAUGUUUGCCGGGUUUCUCUGGUAAACACUGCCAGGUGGUGCUGAAUGCCUGUGACAGCAACCCCUGUCUGAAUGGUGGGCACUGUAAGGAGCAUCAAGGUGGCAGAGGCAUCUUCUGUAGCUGUCAGAUCGGAUACACUGGCGCCCAUUGUGAAUCUGUGCUGGAUCUUUGCAAUCCCACCCCCUGCCCAAAGGGGGUACCGUGUCGCAGUACAGAAGGAGGCUACUUGUGUGUCUGUCCCGAAGGUUACUUUGGAAACGAGUGCAUGAGCCUUAAGGAUUCAUGUCAUGGACCCCACUGCAAAGGUGCAAUGUCAGAUCCAGGUGAAAGUAGGUUUAGUAUAUAUAUGGCGUUGGUGAGCGUAUUUGCUCUGCUCGUCGCAGGCGGCUGUUCUGUGUGUGCGCUCCUGCUCUCCCGUCUGCACCACCGCAAUCGAACCAAAGAGCAGCUACGUACUUCAGCAACAGAGGACAACGCCAUUAACAACCAGCGGCAGUUCUGCACUCUCAUCCGUAACCUCGACCACAGCGUGGCUGUCCUUUCUCCAACACAAACAGGGCCCACCUCAAUGCUCUCUGUGCCUGCGCACUGCAGUGAAGAGAUUGAACUUACUCUCCCCCCGUCGCCCGCCCCAUCCCCAGCUCUGAAACCGGCCCACGGGCCAAAACUGGACAUCUGCAACCGCGAGCGGGAGAAACUAAAUCGUUUCCACUAUGCAGACAACCAGGAACUUGAGGUGUGACCGUUCCUUGACCGCUGGGAGGGACUUUUGACUUCCUGGAGGAUUGUGCUCUGAUUUGGUUGAUUUUUGUUAAUCAACCUCUGCUGUAGAACCUUGACCUCUGAGAUUUACUUUAUAAAGACCAGAGACGGUUCCAACUGAGAAGAUAAUAUUGGCACGGGACCAAUCCAUUGUCAACUGAAGUCACUAUAUUGACAGGUCAACAGGAGUUUAGGACAGCGCGAUGAUUUAAAGGCCAGUCGUUCACCUUUAUUCUUGGAUAUUUAAGUGUAUUUUAUUAUGUUUACAAUUGUGCCCUUUAUAUUCGUACACAUUUGUUUGUUUGUAAGUAUGUGUGCAUUUGUGAGCGUGUAACAGAGAUGGAGUCUUGAUCUUGUGGGGGCUCAUACUGUGUAGAAAGCGUCCUAAAUUUGAUCGUACGAUAAUCUUUUAAAAGAGCGUACGUGCGAUUCAUGGAACGAAUGUACGCACAGAAAAAGCGCAUGUGUCUCACUUUCAGAUCAGAUGUGAAAUCUAUAAAUCGCAAAUGAUCUUAAAAAUUGUAAGCCUUUAAACAAUGUUUAAUUAAUGUCAUUGACAUAUAAAAAAGUUAAACACCUGUCAAUGUUUAAAUCCUUUUUGAGCAGCAAGAAUGUCUUCCGAAAACCUGGAGGAAUUGGAAAAGCAAAAGUGCGUACGUCUGCUUAAACCCUGAUGAACUUAAAACUUUUCCAAUUCAAAGGUGUUUUUAUAAAUAGAAACGUUGCCGUGGAUUUUUGCGUAUGCACACUCUACGAUCAAAUCUAGGUGUACGCAUUUCUUAUGAACUUGAGACCUUUUGAGAAAAUAAACGGAUUGGUUGGAGUCUUAAGCUUGAAGUAUUGUUUGUUUUUUACGUGGCCGCGAACGUACGCGCAUGGUCGAACGCACAGCAAUGCAAAGCAUAGUUUAUUUGUACGUGAAUGCAGAUAUUCGGCGCAUUGUGACAAUACAAUGCAUCUCCUGGGCUAUUUACUACUUUUUUACAGUGCAAUUCUGAUGUCAAAAUUUGUGUCAUGCACUUUGUACGUGGACCCUCGUGUAAAAAUGGGACUAUACUUCUAGCUUUACUAGUAAAUUUCUUUGGUCUGGAUCUGUGUCGCUUCAAGUUUGGUGUCUUGAUCUGGAUUUGGCUGUAGUUUAAUGGUCUUAAAUAUGACAAGUCACCCCUGACCUAAAUAAAAAAUAGCUAGAAAUUAAUUUAAUUUUACCAAAAUUGCCUUAUUUGUAUAUAAGGAUUCUUUAAAAGUUGUUGAUAAAUAUUAUAUGUUCUUAAAUCAUAUUUAGCUUCAACUGGAACGAAUAUGAAAGCCUUUAUUAUUAUCACUUAGGACAUUUUUUUAUUCAUCCUCAGUGCACUGUAGCUCACUGAUGUUGAUUUAUUGUGUACUUUUAAAAGCAAACUUACAUCAACACACAAACAAAAACUAAACUUGUUUAAGUCUUCUACUGAGCUUUGGGAAUUUCACUUAAAAUGUUUAGCCUCAGAACUCCUCAGAAAGUUCAGCAGAUGUCAGAUAUUUGGUACUGCAGUAAAAUAAACCACAGUAAAUUAAAAAUCUGCAUUUUCUGUUUCAUUUCAUUUCAAAUGCUUUUUGGACUCAUGAGUCUUUGUAUGGUUUUAGUCUUGAUUGGGGUCUGUAUCUGGAUGGUUUGAUCUUGACUCCAGCUCUGUUGUGUACCUGUGUGACUGUUUUUGUGGAUGGAUACAUUUGUCAUAAAUUUCCAUAGCCAUGCACAUCAAAUGUUGGAGCUCCCUGACUUUUAAACAUUUUUAAAGGGGACACAUAAUGAAAAUCAGACUUUUUUCAUGUUUAAGUGCUAUAAUUGGGUCCCCAGUGCUUGUGUCAACCUAGAAAAUGUGAAAAAGAACAACCCAGUUACUUAGUUUUGGUAAACCAUUCUCUGCAAGCAUGUGAAAAAUGUGGCUCCACUUAUGAUGUCAAAAGGGGAUUAGACCGCCCCUUAAUCUGCACUAUCCAACCACGGCACUGUCAUUUAGUGCAGAGAUCAGCUCAUUUGCAUUUAAAAGAAGGAUACACCCAAAACUGCAAAUAUUUGCUCACACCUACAAAGUGGCAAUUUUGACAUUAUCUAUAUGGUAUUUUGAACUAAAACUUCACAUAUGUACUCUGGGGACCCCAAAUAUUUAUUUGACACCUUAAAAAAUGUCUUGUGAAAUGUCCCCUUUAAGAGAAGUAAACAGUUGAUUUAUGCUAUUAUUGACAUCUGAAUUAUGGAGAAAGAUGACAGCGCAGACUGAUUGACGUCUCUAAAAUUUCUUCAAAUUUUUCCUGUUAUGUUAGAGAUGUAUGAUUUUAUAAUACAUUAAUGUAUAUAGUGCCAUUGUACAUAUUUUGUACAUAUAAUUUGUUUUCCUUUUGUACUCUGGCUCCUUGCAAAAUGUCGCCAUUUUCAUUCGGCAGGUGUUUGCCGCAAGAUCACAUUGUAAUUAAAGUGCAUUUAUCAACCAAAGCGUAAAUAGCCUGUAUGUGUGUGUGUGUCUUUCUGUAUGUGAGACAUUUGUAGAGCAUUAGGGUGUAUGUGUGUCAGGCUUGGCAGUAUAUUGUUCUGUAUUGCUGACGUUUUCUACCAUUACAUAAAAUGUAUGGUGAAUAAAAUAUUCGA